GGGCUGGCUCAGCGGCUGGCUCCCUGCCUGGCGCCCCACCUCCAUGUCCCACCUGAAGAACGUGGAGGCCCGAAUCCUGCAGUGCCUGCAGAGCCGGUUCGUAGGGCGGUACGUGACCCUGCCGGGCCGGGCGCGCGUCUGGACCGUCUCGCUGUGCCCGGAGCAGGGCGAGGGGCGCACCCCCCUGGUGCUGGUGCACGGCUUCGGGGGCGGCGUGGGGCUGUGGGUGCUCAACCUGGACCGGCUCGGGGCCCGGCGGCCCCUUCACGCCUUCGACCUGCUGGGCUUCGGGCGCAGCUCCCGGCCCCCCUUCCCCCAUGAUGCCCAGGGCGCCGAGGCAGAGUUCGUGCGCUCCAUCGAGGACUGGCGCCAGCAGAUGGGCAUCGGCGCCAUGAUCCUGCUGGGCCACAGCCUGGGGGGCUUCCUGGCGGCCUCCUACAGCUUGGCGUACCCCGAGAGGUGA